UUUGCGCAGCCCGGGCAUGUUCGCCUCCCGUCUGGCGGCCGGCGGGCUCCUCUUGCUGGCCCUGCUGGCUCUGGCCCUCGACGGCAAGCCGGCGCUUCCUCCGCAGCCGCUGCACCAGGCUCCGGCGGGCGGCACGACGGCGUUGCAGCGGGAGCUGACGGAGCAGCAGCCGGAGGGGUCGUCGGGUCCCGCGGCUGGAGGAGGCGGAGGGCGCAGCGGCUCCAAGGCGGGCAACGCAGCCCCGACGCCGCCGAAGAGCAAAGGGGCGGCGGCGGCGGCUGCCUCGGCCGCGUCGCGGCUGCUGCGGGAUUUGCGCACCGAGGGCAAGCAGUCGCGGGCCGCCUGGGGGCGGAUGGUGCACCCCGAGCACCACGCAGGAGGCGGCGGCGGCGGCGGCGGCGGCGGCGGCGGAGGCUCGCGUCGUCUGAAGGGGCCGGGCAAGAAAGCGCUGGGCAAGGGCUGCUUCGGCCUGAAGCUCGACCGCAUCGGCUCCAUGAGCGGCCUGGGCUGCUGAGCCGUCGAGGGCGGCCCGACGGCGACACCUGGCGGCGAUCUUUGAAGGGACACCCCACCCCCAUCCGCGGACAUUUCUGGACAUCCCCUGCAGUCACCCAGGGCCCGACUGGCGGGACCCCAAGGCCCACACAGCCUGCCUCCUGUCGGUACGAAGAGCCUGAAGCCGAAACGACCAUUUUGAGUGGGAGGGGGCUGGGUAGGGCUGGAUUGAGUUUUGCACCCCCCCAAAUCUUCCUCUCUUACCUAAUACAUACAUAGACGCCGUGUGUUUGUGUCUGUGUGUGUCUUUGGUUAUUCGAGUUUUGU